CUGAACCGAAUCAUUCUCGAACGACCCAUAACUAGUUCCGUCUCCAAACCGGAAGUAAGUGUCAAGCAAGAUGGUGGCCACCCGGAGGGGCGUUCGCGUGAGUUCUCCGACUAAAACAAACGUCGAACAGCCCUCCGAAGAUAAGGCCACUCCAUCCACUGGAAGAAGAACCAGGAGUGCUGCUCCACAGGUGGACAACCCCACUGUGAGCCAGCUUCAAGAAUCCGAUGUGUGGACGUCCACGUUGAAAAGAUGCACCAGAGCCUCCAGACUCCACAGCCCGGAGCAGCCUUGCACUCCCGUGGGCUCCAUCCACGAAUCAGACGUAUCCGACCUGGAAUCCUGCUGCUCCGAUGUGAACGUCGGACCUGUGAGACGAAGCAGCAGAAGGAGACCUCCUAGUAAAGUAAAUCAAGAAGAUGACAUUUCCGAAGCGGAGUCGUGUUCGUCUCUCGUCCUGAAAAACGUGAGAAGCACAAGGAAGAUGGCGGUGGACAAGAAGUUAGCAUCCAGUAGCUCUGCGGUUUCUGAUGAUGAAGCACCAACAAGAAGCAGGAGAGUCCAUCACACAAAAGAGUCAAAGUCAGACGCGGAAUCCUGCUCUUCUGCGGUAUCGCCCACAAGAACUCGCCGCAGCACGAGGAAAAAACUCAUACCUGACCCAGAACUAGAAGAUGAGACCAAAGACAGCAUGGUGGACUUGGUUCCUGAGUCCUACCAGAGAGUGACUCGAAGUCAAAGAAAAAGCGUUGUGACCAGAAGGUCCGCCAAGAGACCUCAAGAGGACUCUGAGUUUUCCGACGCUGAGAGCAGCACUUCGAGCGUCUUCGAGGAUUCUCGCUCUGAAGUCCGUCGAAGUACCAGAAAACGAAAUCCACCACGCCCCAUUCCCAUGAACCUGGACGAGGUCUCGGUAGGUUCUCCCACACUGAGAAGGACAACAAGAAGAACGACGACAGCACCUGAGAAGUCAUGUGACUCUGAGAGCUUUGAUUCCGGUCCAGACUACAGCGUCUCCACAUGGGACAAGACCCGAUCCUCCAGGUCUAAGACUGUGGAGUCGGACUCCGACGUAACCGAGGGAGGCGGGACGCCUUGCAGCAGCCGCAGCGGAUCGGGGAGCAGCCGGCGCCGCGCUCCGGUGUCCAUGAUGAAGGAACUUGUUGUAGUUCUGGAGAACACCGUCGAGGAACUGAUGGACAACUCGGUUCUGGAGAGCACGGUGGUCGCUGAAGAUGCUGAUGGGACGCUGCUGGAGGAGGACGCGACCAAAGCUGCUCAGAUGGAAGACAUUGCACCUGAAGAUGAAGAAGAGAAGAAAGCUCCACCAAGGAAUAGUAAAGAAGACUCUGGUACUGAGGCUGCAGUGGCGUCUACAGGAAAGCACGGCGAGCUGUCUGUUGAAGACCAGGAUGAAGACGCCUCGCCAGUGGAAGUGGAAACCGAGGAAACGGAGAAGAAGCUUCAACGUGCCUCUGACGACAAAGCAGACCAGCAGGGCGAGCCGUCUGCUGAAGAACCUGCUGAAGAACCAAAGGAAGGAGACGCCUCGGUGGAAGUGAUGGACGAAACUGAGGCUUCUUCCACACAGCCGAGGAGUAACGAUGUGGAGGAGGAGAUCAUGAGCACGCAGACCAAAACCCCACAUGAUGUUUCAGGAGAAAGGCUUGGUGACAUGGAGGACACGGCGACGUCUGAAGCUCCACCGAAACACGAAAAAGCUUCUCUUAAAACUUUCAGCCUCAUGGUGAGCAGUGACGAUGAUGAUGAUGAUGAUGAUGACGAAGAAGAGGAGGAGGACUACAUCUCAGAGGAAGAGGAGAAUGGAGGAGAAAGACCAAGUAUCUCCAAGAAGCCCAAAGACACGAUGGAGUCCGUGGAAGGCUUGUUCAUGGUGGACACCAGGACCGGGGAGGACGUGUAUGAGGACUACACGUUGGAGCGACUCACCAAGGAGGAACUGGUUGGCGGGAAGCACGACGACGACGAGGAGGAGGAGUUUGUGGACGAAGAAGGAAGUGAUGACAACGGCGAAGCAGACCUCAGCUUGACGAGCGAGAAUCACUGGUUGAAGAACAUGUCCAGCAGCAUCGACCCGGGCAUCGACAUGAAGCAGCUCGGCGGUCUCUACAUCACGUUGGACGGUGGCAAAUCAAAACCUGGUCCCGGUGCUGCCAAGAGACCCAAGAAAAAGAACAAUUCCCAAGAUGAGCUGAUGAAGAAGAGCGUGAUGGGUCCGGACUUCGAGAAGAAGGACUCAGUUCCUCCGUACAGAGAAUCCAAACAAGUCCUGAAAAAAAAACACAGAGUGGAGCGUGAAAAGUCCACAGGUGACAGCUGGUUCAACAUGAAAGCUCCUGAGCUCACCAAGGAGCUUCAAGGAGAUCUUCAGCUCCUGAAGAUGAGAGGAUCCCUGGAUCCGAAAAGGUUCUACAAGAAGAACGACCGAGAUGGCUUCCCCAAGUACUUCCAGGUGGGCACUGUGGUGGACAACCCGGUGGACUUCUAUCAUUCCCGCGUUCCCAAGAAGCAGAGGAAGAGGACCAUGGUGGAGGAGCUUCUGGCCGAUGCCGAGUUCAGGCACCAAAACAAGAAGAGGUACCACGACAUCGUAGCCGAGAAAGCGGCUCAGGCGGCGGGAAAACACCGCAAGUUCAAGAAGAACCGAUUCCAUAAGAAAUCGGAGAAAGUCAGGAAGUGAGGCGGCCAUGUUUGUUGUCAGGAACAAUCAUAUUUAAACCUGCACACAAAUCAUUUUUCCAUAAAAGGAUUUAUUCAUUCGUGAUCAUGUUGACUUGCUGGUGGACUUUCCCAAGCCAACCAUGGCACAGACUUGAUAGCAAGACCAGCUUAAUUUUAAAGUAAAUGUAUCUGACCCUGAACUCUAAAUGUACCUGAACCCUAACCCUAAAAAUACCCGACGCCCCCCUGCUGGGUGCUGACAUUAAAGGGUGUAUUUCUAGCAAGAAGUUGCUGUGGUCUUUGUUUGUUGGUACGUGACGUAGCGAUGUCAAUACGUGACGUU